AUGCCUGAAAAAACAGACUCAGAAAUUGUACAGUACUGUUUUACUUUUCUAAAUGACUCUUGCAUCAGAGAACAGUCUGGAACUAAAAAAGCUGUGCUAUAUUUUCUGAUUUCUGUACUCAUAGCAAUGACAAUAGGUGGAAACAUGACUGUAAUAACAGCAAUCACUCACUUCAGACAGCUGCACUCUCCUACUAACUUUCUUAUCCUGUCUUUGGCUUUUGGUGACUUUCUUGUUGGAGCAAUAGUCAUGCCUUUCUCUAUGAUCAACACUGUAGAAAAUUGCUGGUACUUUGGAGACAUAUUUUGUUUUCUUUCUGCUAGUUUUGAAGCUGCUUUAACCACAAUUUCAAUUUUACAUUUAAUAUUUAUUGCAGUUGACCGUUAUUUUGCAAUUUGUGAUCCAUUAUUAUACAAUCAGAAAAUUACAAACAGCGUAAUAAGCAUGUUUAUUGCAUUUAGCUGGGUUGCUCCUCAGGCUUAUGCAUACAGUUUUGUGUUUUAUAAUCUUGUUAGAAAUACUGAUGGAAUUGUAGUUAGUAAAAAUUUUUGUACAGGCAGCUGCAUAAUUACUUGGACUGCAAAGGCUUCUGCUAUGGAUGCUUCUGUUUCAUUUUUCAUACCAUGUUCUGUAAUGCUUGGUCUUUAUGUCAGAGUAUUCCUUGUCGCAAGGCAGCAUUCAAAAUUAAUUAGUAUUAUGGAACAUGGCAUUUCGGGAAAAGAAAUGACUAGCACUCAAAGAAAAGAAGGGAAGGCGGCUAAAACCUUAACAAUAGUCAUGGGUAUGUUUCUUUUCUGUUGGCUGCCUAUAUUUGUUGUGUUACUUGUUGACCCUUAUAUUGAAUAUUCUACUCCUGUAAUGCUAUACAACAUUCUGUUAUGGCUAGCAUAUUCUAACUCAGCUUACAAUCCCAUUGUGUACGCAUUCUUUUAUCCCUGGUUUCAGAAAGCAUUGAAACUCAUGGUAGCAGGCAAAAUAUUUAAUAAAGAUUCAUCAUCUGCUGAUCUUUUUUCAGAACUGAACUGA